CUUUAUGAAUCUUUUUCUAUUAUUUUACUUUCAUUUACCUGUUUAUUCAUAUAUUUCCUCAAGUAGGGAAAAAUUGGGGAUCUAGGAUCUCAUUUCUGAACGUGAACAAACGAAAGAGGGGUUGAUGACUAGGGUUUUUGGUGCUGAGUCACGAUACCUAGGUACUGUACUGGGAUUUAUACUUCUGGUUUAGUUGGAUUUGGAUUUGUAUAUUGAUUUGUGUUUCACUAAAAGAAAGAAAGAGGAGUAGGAGAGGAGAGAAAAGGCAGUCGGGAAUAGGUAGAGAUGGAAAUGAGUUGUUCUUGGAUUGUUUGGGGGGUUGCAGCGGGGUUAAUAUUGGCUGUGGUGCAUUUUGGGGGGGUAUACAUAAGGGGAGGCGUAAGUGAGCGGUCGAGAGCCGUUGAGAAGAGGACAAUCUCACAGCCUGCACAAGCAUCUGAUGAGAAAACCAAAGAUCCGACGACAGAGAUUAUCCCUCUACCAGAUUUCGACUGGCGAACUACAGAACCACUAAAGAUCCGACCUUUCAAACCCAAGUAUCACUUAACCAUGGGCCUAACAAACUGCCCUCCCUCAGAGCUCAUAGAAAUCGACAAGAAUUACGUCGACCGACUCACGCUACGCAAACAAAUCAUGCAAGAGCACCAAUCCACGGUUCUACAAGCGCAGCCUAUCAUCCAGCCCGCCAUAAACGAGCUCUACACCUACCUAACCUCCAUCUACCUACCCCAGCGCUUCCCCACGAUCUUCCAGCUCUCCCCGGGGGGGCAGCAGCUGCACAACCUCGCCACCUCAUGUACGCUCCCUCUCGAGCCGCCCGCGGAUCCGAUACAGACCCUUGCGCUGUUGGGCGCUAAUCUCGAGGAUGAUUUCUUGUUCCUGCUCCCUGCGGAUGAUGGCGAUGGGUACGUGCUCCGCGGCUUCGUGACGUGUUUCCCGAGCGGUUUCGAUACAAGGGAAAAGCUAGGUUUGAAAUUGAGGGAGAUUCAUAAGCCGGUGCCGGGGUAUAAGGAGAAGUUGGAGUUGAGCAUGGAUCGGUUCUUUGAUAGGUUGGAGGUGGGGAGGUUGGUUAGGAGGGUUAAUUGGUCAAUAACCACGACCCCGACCCUCUUCACCCCCAGCGGCACCCAUCUCUACACCGACUCCCCCCUCCCUCCUCCCCUUCCCCUCUCCCCCUCUUCCCCCUCAUCCCCCCCCAUCGACAUCAACCAAACCCAUCUCCGCUGCGAGCGUCAAAUCCUGCAUCGACUCCCCCAAACCAAAGCCUUAGUAUUCUCAUUCAAAACAUACAUGUAUCCGAUCCGACAGAUCAAGGAGGAGGGGCUGGGCGAAGAGUUGGCAGAAGCGAUUGAUGGGUUGAGGGAGGGCAGUGUGCCACGCAUGUAUUGGUAUAAGAGGGGUGUUGUGUGGGGCGAGGGGGUUAAGGAGUUUUUGAGGAGUUAGAUUUUUGGUUGGGGAGGGG